AUGUUAUUCCCCCGGCUAUCUCACCUCCCAUGCCUCCUUACCCUCUCCUUGCUCCAACAAGCAACAAGCCGCUUCCACGCAUACGUCGACCCCCCAAACUGGAUUGACACAGAUGGCUACAGAUCCCAGACCCCGAAGAAUCAAGUCCCCAUGCCAUCGCUUGUAAUUGACACCUUCCAAACCGCCAUUCACAAUGACCUGGGAUUCUGGCACGGUGCUGGCGAGGAUCUACCCGUGUACCAUGAACCGGGUUUCGUACGCCUCGAGCCCACGGACCCUGAUCAGAACUUUCACACACAAUUCAACAUUCAUGGGUGCUUCAGCCUGAUUCCUUGGCAGAACCAGUUCUUGCACGUGGUCUUCGAGGGAACAGAGGAGUUUACUGUCUCGCUGAAUGAACACAACAUUGACUGUGAGCCACUGCGGGCCCCGUUUCCAGGUGUAUCGGAUGGCGUGCAAGCCUCACGAUACGUUAUGAGGACACAGUUUGGAUCUGGGCCUGGCAAUGAUGGUGCAAACAGUGGUAAACCGAGCCAGUUGACAACUCGAGAACGUAAAUUGUGGCGCAAAGCUUACCGAGCGAACAAUGGGAGUUGCCUAGAAGACGGUGAUGAUAGCGAUGGAAAUGACUAUGGAGAUGGCAGCAACGAAGACAACGACGACGACGCCGACCAAGGUUCUGCUUCGACGGAGAAGACAGAGCUCUUCAUUCCGCUUUCUCAUUUCCGUAUCAAUCAUAACCGUGUUGUUUCGAUUUCUUUCACUGGUUUCUAUACAAAUGUCACGCUGACUCUGCGUCGAAUCGAAUUCGUCUCGACUGUUCCUCCACCUUCGGCGGAGAAUAACGGCUUCCUCAUACCCGAGAAAAAACCCAGUGGCACCCUGGUUCUGCGCUGCUCUCGACCGAACUCGUUUGCGUUUGGCAUUGAUGAUGGGCAGCCGAGAUUUGCGCAGGAUGUCAUGCGCAUUCUUGAUGAGGAGGGUAUCCGGGCAACUUUCUUUGUUGUUGGGGCUGGGUUAACUGAUCAAAGUACCAACUUUACCAAUUUCUAUCGGGAGAUGAUAGGGAAGGGGCAUCAGGUUGCUUUGCAUUCGAAUACUCAUCCUAAAAUGGAAGCUCUGCCAACGAUAGACCUGAUCGAUGAAGAGAUCGUUCGAGCUAUACAGAUCUUGCAUGAUGAACUAAAUCUCCAAUCACGAUACUUCCGUCCCCCGUUUGGAACCGUUGGUGCCCGCAUGCGAGAGCAACUUGCCAAGCGGAUCCCCAAUCCAUCCAUCGUUAACUGGAGCGUCGACGUCGAAGAUUGGCUGUGGGCUAAUACAUCCAAACCUGAGAAGCAACUGGAGGCAUUCUACCGUGAUGUCGCACGAGGCGGAAACCUCGCCGUCUUGCACUUUUUGAAUCCGACAACCGUGGAAUAUCUUCCGCAAUUCAUCCGGCACGUCAAGGCUGUGGGGUUGAACAUUAUGCGUGUAGAUCAGUGCUUGGAGGACCCCGAUAGCCCUCCUCUCUGA